AUGGAAGCGCCUGCAUCGUCUAGCACCGAAGGGGGCGGUCCCUUGCCCGCGGCCCCGUUUCGGCUCAGGCCGCUCCCGAGCGCAACCUCCAUCUCAUUCGCCGUUCCGUCAACGGAGGAGGCCCAAGCUGCUCUGGCCAAGCGAAAUGAAAGUGGGGAUCUCGCCGUCAGCAUUCAGUAUCUUCGUGCCAUGAAAAAGAAGGAGGAAGCGAGCACAGAGGCUGACGCCGAAGGCGAUGGCGACAAGAAGCGAAGUGCCGAGGACAUGAAGGAGAAGAGCCAGCCACUGUCCAAGCGACAGAGGGUCAAGGAAAAGGAGAAGAGGCGGAAGGACAGACACACCCUGGGCAAGGACAAGCUGUGCUUCGCCAUCGCCGAAGGCAGGACCUGCCCCCACGGCGACAUCAAGUGCAAGUUCUCGCACGACGUGGCAGCGUUCCUGGCCGCGAAGCCGGCCGACAUCGCCGACAGGUGCCCCAUGUUCGAGGAGACCGGCCGCUGCAAGUACGGUCUCGUGUGCCGCUUCGGGUCCUCACACAUCAAAGACAACAAAAACGUCAUCAACGAAGAGGCACGCACCUCUCCCAUCCUGGCAUCGAAGCCGCACCCCGAGUCGGUCAACUUCCUCGACAAGGACGUGCAGGUCAAGCUGCGCAAGCGGCAGUACGACUUCUCGCGCGCGGUGCCCUACCUGCGCCAGUGGACCCGCGAGACGAAGCAGCGCGUGCAGGACAACAACGUGCCUGUCAGCGAGCGCGCGGCGGGCGAGGGCCAGACGAGCGCUUCCGACGGCGCCGACGCCCAGGCCGCGGCGACCAUGGACGUCGAGGCCGCGCCGCAGGCAGAGCCGGCGGACAAGGGUAAGGAAAAGGAGAAGGCAACGGAGGCCGAGGCCGAGAAGAUGGAGGAGGAGAGGAGGGUCAAGAUCGAGCAGAGGCUUGAGUUCGUGGAAACGCCGCUGAGGCGGUGGAAAAGAAGAAGGAUCUGCAAAACUCUCGGCGCGGACAUCACUUGCGGUGAGAUGGCCCUCGCCGAGAACCUGCUGCAGGGCCAGCCGUCGGAGUGGGCGCUGCUGAGGCGCCACCCGUCCGAGGACAUCUUCGGGGUGCAGCUGUGCGGGCCGCACCCGGACCACCUGACCAAGUGCGGCCAGGUGCUCGAUGAGACCAUUUCGGUCGACUUUGUGGACAUCAACUGCGGCUGCCCCAUCGACCUCGUCGUCAACAAGGGUGCGGGUUCGGCGCUCUUGGACCGGCCGCGUAGGCUGGAGGGGAUCGUGCGGGGCAUGGCCACGGUCCUCUCGUGCCCGCUGACCGUCAAGAUCCGAACGGGCAAGGACGAGAAGGCGCCCAACGCCCACAAGCUCAUUCCGCUACUGGCCGAGUGCGGCGCCGCCGCUGUCACGCGCUACUCGAGGGAGGCCGACUGGAGCUACAUCCGCCAGUGCGCAGAGACCUCGCCCAUCCCCAUAAUCGGCAACGGAGACAUCUACGGGCCGCAGCAGGCGGCCGAGGCCAAGGCGGCUGGCGUGUCCACCAUCAUGGUGGCCCGUGGCGCGCUCAUCAAGCCCUGGGUGUUCACCGAGAUCAAGGAGAACAGGGACUGGGACAUCUCUGCUACGGAGCGGUUCGACCUGCUGAAGGACUUUGUCAAUUUCGGGCUCAUGCACUGGGGCUCGGACGACCAGGGCGUGGCGACGACGCGCGAGUUUUUGCUGCAGUGGCUGUCGUUCCUCCACCGCUAUGUGCCCAUCGGCCUCCUCGAGGUGAUGCCGCCGAAGCUGCAUCAGAGGCCGCCUCCCUUCUUCGGCCGCAGCGACUUCGAGACCUUGCUCGCCUCUCCUGUCGUCAAUGACUGGGUGUCGAUCAGUGAGAUGCUGCUGGGGCCGGUGCCCGAUGGCUUCACCUUCACUCCCAAACACAAGUCCAACGCCUACAAUGCCAACAUUGAAGGAUAG